AUGGAAGAAGGGGUGUUUAUGGUGAGAGUGGCUGCUCAAGCGGAGAGGUAUGAAGAUGCAGUUGAUUUAUUAACAAAGGCCUUGCAACUAUCUCAGAAAGAUGCAUCCCCAGAGGUUGUAGGUAUGGAACAGGAAUUGCUUUGCUUAUGCCACAAAUACAAACUAUUGAAACCUUACUUUUACAAAGAUUCUAGUAACUUUUUACCCUUUGUUCCUCAAAUUUAUACAGAGCUUCUUUCUGCUACCUUCAAAGACUUCAUCAGCUCUGAGAGAUCAGCCUGGAAAACAGUCAAAGCCAUAGAGCAGAACAAAAAGUAUGCAGAGUAUGCGCCAGACUUAGCUGAGUAUAAAGAUAAACUCAGCCUCGAACUUGACCACAAGUGCCGGCAAGUCAUUGACAUUAUUCAAGAGCAUUGUCUGUCAAAGGCUACCACUGAUGACUCUGAGGGGAGUUGCACCUCUAAAGUGUUUUAUCUGAAACUGGUUGGAGACAACUACAGAUACAUUGCUGAGACAGCUUCUGGGCCAAGGCGAGACAAAGCCAUUGAGAAAGCUGAUAGCUUCUAUAGGCAAGCCACUGAUUUCUCUAAGGCUCUCCAUCGAUAUAACUCCAGCAGGCUUGGGUGUGGGCUAAACUAUUCGGUAUUUUGGUAUGAAAUCAUGGAGGAUAAAUCUAAAGCUUUACAAAUUGCAGAAGAAGCUCUAGAGGAAAGGAGAGAAUAUAUAUGACAGGAUGAUUCAGACGAAGUUCGAGACUCUCUCCCCAUUCUUGAACUUUUGAGAGAGAACAUUGAUAUAUGGAAAGAAGGUGAAGAUAGCCUUUAUUAA